GCUCGCUCGAGCAGCAACGGAAACAGCAUCACGAGCCCCUGCCGCCCAGUCAACCACCGGAUUGAUUUCUAAUGCCAAAAAUGACGAAUUUACCAUAAGGCUUAAAAAAAAUAUUGGCAGCAAUAGUCUUUAAGUACACUAUACAGUUGCUAUUUAUUUGCAUAUUUAUUUAUUUCCCUUUUUUCGCUAUUGAUUUUUCUGUAAUGGCUGGACUCAUGGGCUGCGGCUGUUGAGAGGCAGGUGCAUCGUCACACUCGUUGGGCGUCGAAGUGAUGGAUUCCGCUCCAGCACAGCGAUGAGACGGACGGAACCGAGGUUAACUUUUCCCGUGAACCAAUCCUGCGGUGAAUAAUCGAGUCCGUUUGUGCUGCCGACAGUGGCGCAGGAAAACGGGCGGAGAAGAGGGCUCGACCCCUCACAAAAGCUCUUCCUGAACAAAUUCGUUUUAAACGGCCCGACAUUCGUCUCCAUGGAGUGAAAAAGUCAUCACGCACAGCUGAUGACAUUGCCAUAAAUUCAUGGAAACCUUGCUUUCGGGUGAACAAAACGUCAUUUCGAGUCGUGGGAUAACCUGUUAUUUAUUCUGUAUCUAUUAACGAGCUACGAUCCAACGUCGCCAAGAUGAUGGAGCUGGACGAGGUGGUGUAUCAGGACGAUUAUGGGUCCGUAUCUGUCAUGUCAGAGCGGGUAUCGGGCCUGGCCAGCAGCAUCUACCGGGAGUUCGAGCGCCUCAUCAUGAGCUACGAUGAGGAGGUGGUGAAGGAGCUGAUGCCACUGGUGGUGAAUGUGUUGGAGAACCUCGACUCGGUUCUGACGGAGAACCAGGAGCAUGAGGUGGAACUGGAGCUGCUGAAGGAGGAUAACGAGCAGCUCAUGACGCAGUAUGAACGGGAGAAAUCGCUCCGCAAACAGGCGGAGGAGAAGUUCAUUGAAUUUGAAGAUGCCUUGGAGGGUGAAAAAAAGGAGUUGCAGUCUAUGGUGGAGGGCUUGGAGCUACAAUCAAAACAACUUGAGCUGAAGACCAAGAACUAUGCUGACCAGAUCUCUCGUCUGGAAGAACGAGAAUCAGAUAUGAAGAAAGAGUAUAAUGCCCUUCACCAGCGCCAUACGGAGAUGAUACAGACAUAUGUGGAACACAUUGAGCGCUCCAAAAUGCAACAGGGAAGCGGCAACCAGGAGUCCACAGGCUGCGGACGGGCUCAACGACACACCUGGAGGAAAAGUAAAACAGAGCGCCCUCCGUCACUGAGUUUGUAUCCUGGUGGAGAUGGCAUGGUACGUGGGGGUCCUGGGGGGGCUAGAAUGGUUUCGUCAGACACCUGGCAUUCCAGUGAUCUCAGCAGACCUGUCUACGCCCCUGGCUACCAGGAGGAUGGCUCUGAUUCAGACUCUGUUGCCGCCACGCCCAGCAGCACAGGCAGCAAAUCAAACACUCCCACCUCAUCUGUUCCCUCGGCAACAGUUACUCCUCUUAAUGAUGGGCUGGUAUCAGUGGAAGAGCUUGUAAUAUCCCGGGGGCGGGGCCGCAAAAAUGCAAAGCGGCUUAGUAGAAACAUGGAGGUGCAGGUCUCUCAGGAAACCAGGAACGUCAGCAUUGGUAUGGGCAGUAGUGAUGAGUGGUCAGAAUUUCAGGAAAUUCUAGACUCAACACCUGAGAUAGACAUGUGCAUGGACCCUCGAAUGUUUGGAGGAGGAAACAGUCCUUCUCAGGGCAUAGUGAAUGAGGCAUUUGGCAUCAACACAGACUCCCUGUACCACGAGAUCAAAGAUGCCAAGUCUGACAUCAUCGGUGAUGUGGAUGCUGGAGCUGAACUUCUCGGGGAGUUCUCAGUCCGGGAUGAUUUCUUUGGAAUGGGAAAAGAGGUGGAAAAUCUACUAACAGAGAACAAACAGCUACUGGAGACAAAGAAUGCACUGAACAUUGUGAAGAAUGACCUCAUAGCUAAAGUGGACGAGCUGUCAAGCGAACAGGAAGUACUUCGGGAAGAGCUGGAAACAGUGAAACAGUCCAAGGUCAAAGUGGACCAGCGAAUUAAAGAAGUGGAGGAAGAGCUGAGGAGGUUGAGGGCCGAUGCUUUAGGAUCAUCUCAGGAUUGUAAAGAUGAAGGUGGAGAAGAUUAUUCAUCUCCGCUGCAGGAUGAUGUUGCCAUGACGCAGAGGCGUCGCUUCACCCGUGUGGAGAUGGCCCGUGUACUGAUGGAACGGAACCAGUACAAGGAGAGACUGAUGGAGCUUCAGGAGGCUGUGCGCUGGACUGAGAUGAUCAGGGCUUCUCGAGAGAGUCCUCAACUACCUGAGAAGAAGAAAUCUAUAAUCUGGCAAUUCUUUGCACGUCUUUUCAGUUCUUCCUCGAGUCCUCCUCCAGUAAAGCGACCUUACAGCAGCGUCAACAUCCACUAUAAGUCUCCUUCCAUUGGUGGCUACAACCAGCGACGCUCACAGACCAUGUGUCAGAUCUCCACUGGCAACUGCAUACUGGAGUUCAUGCCUGAAGAAAUGCCCAGUAACGGUGUUGCGUCUCUUCUCAACGAUUCGGCGGUAUGUACCCGCAGAGAGCAACGUCGCGAGCAAUACAGGCAGGUGCGCGAGCACAUGCGCCGGAAAGAUGGCCCCAUGCAGACGUGUGGCUGGAGUGUCCCAUCCCGACUCAAACAGAAUGGCUCCCAGGUGGACAGUGCCCAAGAUACCACAGCGAAGAGGACGCAGGCCAAUGAAAAAGAAGAUACCCGCAUGAAAAAUGUCCCUGUGCCAGUAUAUUGUCGCCCUCUGCUGGAGAAAGAUCCUAACAGAAAGCUAUGGUGUGCAGCUGGUGUAGAUCUGACUGGUUGGAAGACGUCCAAUCAGGAGGCUGCUGGCGUGAAGCAAUCCAAUGGCUCGGAUCCAUUGAGCGGUGAAGAUGAAGACAAGAGCGAGCAUAGCUCACCAGAGAAAAAGAAGCCUAAGGAACUGCACGAGACUGAUUCCAUGAGCAGCCGCGUGUGGAUCCUGACCAGCACUCAUUCAGCUAGCAAAGUGGUCAUCAUCGACGCAAACCAGCCCUGCUCACUAGUAGACCAGUUUAACGUGUGUAACGCCCACGUGCUUUGCAUCUCCAGUGUUCCAGGUGCCAGUGAGAGUGAUUACCCGGCAGGUGAGAUAUUUUUGGAGCAACAGGUUGGUGACGGUGCUUCAGAGGAGAAGGGUGGAGUGGAGGGAAUGUUGGCAGGGAUCACAAUUGUGGGUUGUGCCACCAACUGCAGUGUAGUACGUAGCAACUGUUCGUCCCGCACCGAUACGCCUGUGCAAGACCGAAGCCAAGCUCCUACAGCUCCCGUGUGUAGAAGCUUGGCUGUAUCACAGUCAGCAGAGGAGGCAACAGAAGCCAUUGAGGUCUCAGAGGAGGCGGCACCCAAUGAGAACACCGACAACACCCUCGGAGCCUUCACCGAGCAUGUCUUCACCGACAACACACGCAGUGAGGCAGGCGUACCAAAGGAACAGGUGCCAUCAGCUCCUAAAGAUUCUGAGGAAGCUGGAGAUGAUGUUGCAGGAACAAGUGCAGCUCCCACCAUGUGGCUUGGAGCCCAGAACGGCUGGCUUUAUGUUCACUCUGCAAUGUCAAACUGGAAGAAAUGUCUCCAUUCAAUCAAACUUAAAGACUCUGUAUUAAGUUUGGUACAUGUGAAGGGCAGGGUUCUGGUUGCAUUAGCCGAUGGCACUCUUGCUAUCUUUCACAGAGCUGAAGAUGGACAGUGGGAUCUAUCUAACUAUCAUCUAAUGGAUUUGGGGAGACCUCACCACUCCAUCCGAUGCAUGGCUGUGGUGCAUGACAGAGUCUGGUGUGGCAACAAGAACAAGAUCCAUGUCAUCCAGCCCAAGAGUAUGCAGAUUGAGAAAUCGUUUGAUGCUCACCCACGGAAAGAGAGCCAGGUGAGGCAGCUGGCAUGGAUUGGUGAUGGUGUCUGGGUUUCCAUUCGUUUGGAUUCCACUCUUCGCUUGUAUCAUGCGCACACUCACCAGCAUCUACAAGACGUGGAUAUUGAGCCAUAUGUCAGCAAGAUGCUCGGUACCGGAAAGUUAGGCUUCUCUUUUGUCAGAAUUACUGCCCUGCUGAUUGGAGGAAACCGGUUGUGGGUGGGGACUGGAAAUGGAGUCAUCAUCUCUAUUCCUUUGACUGAAACUGUAGUUCUUCAUCGAGGUCAACUCCUGGGACUGAGAGCAAAUAAGGUGUCGCCCACAUCAUCAGGAGGUGUCAUACAUGUAUAUGCAGAUGACAGUAACUCUGAGAAGAGUAGCUUCAUACCGUACUGCUCCAUGGCUCAGGCUCAACUCUGCUUCCAUGGACAUCGAGAUGCAGUCAAGUUCUUUGUGACAGUACCCGGCAAUGUGUUGGCCACCCUGAAUGGUAGUGUGCUGGACAGCCCAUCAGAGUCCCAGGGGUCCACAGCAGCCCCAACGGACACCGAAGCACAGAGUGUUCAGAACGUGCUGGUCCUGAGUGGAGGAGAGGGAUACAUUGACUUCCGUAUUGGUGAUGGAGAGGAUGACGAAACAGAAGAAGCAGAUGGUGAAGCCCCUCAGAUGAAGCCAGCACUGUCUAAAGCUGAGAGGAGCCAUAUCAUUGUUUGGCAGGUGUCUUACGGCCCGGAGUAACACUAACAGACACCUCCCGCCUUCCCCCUCCCCUUAUGCGCCGUAAUUCCACCCUCAAAGAAAAAGUAUGAAAUCUUACCUCCUUCUGUAUCUACGCCCCAAAUUCUGUACCUAAGCUAUGUAACUACCCCUUUAAAAGUCCUAUAUUGAGCCCUAAGCCUGUAUUUUCCUACCCUAAAAUUGUAACUACCUAUACGAUCCUUCAUUUCACCUUAAAAUUUUACCAGCCCUAGAAAAAAUUACACAAUGUCCGAAACCCCCUGCAUAUUAUGACUGAAUGGCAAUUUCAAAUUAAAUACAUGUAAACCGCUUAAACCAGUACCAAACUACAUUUCUGGAGAACUACCCAGUUUUUGCCAAAUACCUUAUCUUUUACCAAUCCGUCAGCACACAGCUCACUGAAUGGACACAGGAACCCAGAGAAGCUGGUUGAAAUGAAUUAUUUUUAAAGAAAAACACAUAUUUGUCCAACAGGUUUUCUAGAGGAGAAUAUCUAGUAUCACCUUACUAAGUUUGACUUCAUAAAACACAGCAAAAAUGUAAAUAUGGGAAUAUGGACUGCAGGGAAAGAACGUGAAAGGUGAUCAAACAAGUGAUCAAGUUUUGUGUUGACAAUAUAGCACAACCCAAAGCAGCUUUUUAAUAUCAUCAUUUAAAAACAAAAAUAUUAAACUAAAUAAUCAAUCCAAUUGCAAGCAUUUUCAACCUCAGUGAGAUGUGUGCCAAAUGGAUUUGAUAACCUUCCCAAAGGGAUUAAGCAUGACGGUUGAUGCCUUUGGCUGCAGUUUUGACGGAUGGAUGUCCCACCCAGUCGCCUUGUAUGUAAAUCAUCACUCUGUGUUCUCUAUGUGUGGUUAAGUAUUAAUAAACAUGUUUAUGUG